UGCAAAGAAUUUAAAAAGCCAUUUGAAAUCAAGCAACUCACUUUUGGUUUGCUGUUCUGAAUACAAGUGUUUAUCAUUAAUGAUAACGCAGGAUGACAACACUUUGUACCCAACUUUUACAUUUCAAAGUAUAAACCUCCCCAGAUCUAUUACUUUUGUUUCACUAAUUCUAACUUUUGGAUAAAGAAUAAGAAGAAAGGGGAAUAAACCUAUCAAACAAUGACCAUUUAUUUUACUUUUUAAGUUUUACACUUGGCAUCUGCCCUUUCAGAACCAUGGAAAUAAAUCUGCCUGACCUUCCAAAAGAACUAGCUUGGAUUAAAAAGCCUUUUAAUCAAGACCAACACCACCAAUACAGAGGGAAAGUUAAAAACGAGAAGGACUUAGAAGAAUACUUCUUGCAGACCUUCAGAGAGGCGAACUAUGCAAGUAGCACCAGAAUUCCUCUCCCUGGUGACGGACCAACUACUCAGUCAAACAGUUCAGCACCAUCCAAGCAAACUGUUCUGUCUUGGCAAGCUGCAAUUGAUGCUGCUAGACAAGCAAAGGCUGCCCAAAAUAUGAGUACCACCACAACCCAGCCUGUAGGAUCUCUGUCCCAAAGAAAACGUCAGCAAUAUGCCAAGAGCAAAAAACAGGGUAAUACGUCUAAUAGUCGGCCACCCCGUGCCCUUUUCUGUUUAUCCCUCAACAAUCCAAUACGAAGAGCCUGCAUUAGUCUAGUAGAAUGGAAACCAUUUGACAUAUUUAUACUACUGUCUAUUUUUGCCAAUUGUGUGGCCUUAGCUGUUUACAUCCCAUUCCCAGAAGAUGAUUCUAAUUCAACUAAUCAUAAUUUGGAAAAAGUAGAAUAUGCCUUCCUGAUAAUUUUUACAGUUGAAACAUUUUUGAAGAUUAUAGCAUAUGGAUUAUUAUUACACCCCAAUGCGUAUGUUAGAAAUGGAUGGAAUUUAUUGGAUUUUGUAAUAGUGGUAGUAGGAUUAUUUAGUGUAAUAUUGGAACAAUUAACCAAAGAAACAGAAGGUGGCAGCCACUCAGGUGGCAAACCUGGUGGUUUUGAUGUCAAAGCCCUAAGAGCCUUUCGUGUAUUGCGACCUCUCCGGCUUGUAUCAGGAGUGCCCAGUUUACAAGUUGUCCUGAACUCCAUUAUAAAAGCCAUGGUUCCCCUGCUCCAUAUUGCCCUUUUGGUAUUGUUUGUAAUCAUAAUCUAUGCUAUUAUAGGAUUGGAACUUUUUAUUGGAAAAAUGCACAAAUCUUGUUUUCUUAUUGAUUCAGAUAUACUAGUUGAAGAAGAUCCAGCACCUUGUGCAUUCUCAGGGAAUGGACGUCAGUGUGUCAUGAAUGGCACUGAAUGUAAGGGUGGAUGGGUUGGACCAAAUGGAGGCAUAACAAACUUUGAUAAUUUUGCAUUUGCAAUGUUGACUGUAUUCCAGUGUAUAACCAUGGAAGGAUGGACUGAUGUAUUAUACUGGAUGAAUGAUGCUAUGGGAUUUGAAUUGCCAUGGGUGUAUUUUGUCAGUCUCGUCAUCUUUGGGUCAUUUUUCGUACUAAAUCUUGUUCUUGGUGUAUUGAGCGGAGAAUUUUCCAAAGAAAGAGAAAAAGCCAAGGCCCGAGGGGACUUUCAGAAGCUACGUGAAAAGCAACAGCUCGAAGAAGAUCUGAAGGGGUAUUUAGACUGGAUUACACAGGCAGAAGAUAUUGACCCUGAGAAUGAUGAAGAGGUUGAUGAAGAAGGCAAACGGAACACAAGUAUGCCCACCAGUGAAACUGAAUCAGUGAACACAGAGAACGUGAGUGGAGAAGGAGAGAACCCAGCAUGCUGUGGGAGUUUAUGUCAAACCAUCUCAAAAUCCAAGUUCAGUCGACGCUGGCGUCGCUGGAAUCGAUUUAAUCGAAGAAAAUGUAGAGCUGCAGUAAAAUCUGUCACAUUUUAUUGGCUUGUUAUUGUCUUGGUCUUUCUGAACACAUUAACUAUCUCAUCAGAACAUUAUAAUCAACCUGACUGGCUGACCCAGAUCCAAGAUAUCGCAAAUAAAGUUCUUCUGGCUUUGUUCACCUGUGAAAUGUUAGUAAAGAUGUACAGCUUGGGUCUACAGGCUUAUUUUGUUUCUCUUUUUAACCGCUUUGAUUGCUUCGUUGUCUGUGGUGGCAUUGUUGAAACCAUUUUGGUGGAGUUGGAAAUUAUGUCACCCCUUGGAAUUUCAGUGUUUCGCUGUGUUCGUCUCCUGCGUAUUUUUAAAGUAACAAGGCACUGGGCAUCCCUGAGCAACUUGGUAGCAUCCUUGUUAAACUCAAUGAAGUCCAUUGCUUCACUGUUGCUUCUGCUUUUCCUCUUCAUCAUAAUCUUCUCGUUGCUUGGAAUGCAGCUGUUUGGAGGCAAAUUUAAUUUUGAUGAAACUCAAACAAAACGGAGCACCUUCGAUAAUUUUCCACAAGCUCUUUUAACUGUAUUCCAGAUCCUAACAGGUGAAGACUGGAAUGCUGUUAUGUACGAUGGCAUAAUGGCAUACGGUGGCCCAUCAUCCUCAGGCAUGAUAGUCUGCAUAUAUUUCAUUAUCCUCUUCAUCUGUGGUAACUAUAUCUUGCUAAAUGUCUUCUUGGCCAUUGCUGUGGAUAACUUGGCAGAUGCUGAAAGUCUAAAUACAGCUCAGAAAGAAGAAGCAGAAGAAAAGGAAAGGAAAAAGAAUGCAAGAAAGGAGAGUCUGGAAAAUAAAAAAAGUGAGAAGGCAGAAAGUGACCAAAAGAAGCCCAAGGAUAGUAAGGUGACAAUUGCUGAAUAUGGAGAAGGAGAGGAUGAGGAUAAAGAUCCCUAUCCACCCUGUGAUGUACCAGUAGGUGAAGAUGAAGAAGAUGAGGAGGAAGAACCAGAGGUACCAGCAGGCCCCCGUCCCCGUAGAAUAUCAGAACUAAAUAUGAAGGAGAAGAUAACACCAAUCCCUGAAGGGAGCGCCUUCUUCAUUUUCAGCAGCACCAAUCCAAUUCGAGUGGGAUGCCACAGGCUCAUCAAUCAUCACAUCUUUACCAAUCUCAUCCUUGUCUUCAUCAUGCUGAGCAGUGUUUCCCUAGCAGCAGAAGAUCCAAUUCGCAGCCACUCUUUUAGAAAUAAUAUACUUGGUUACUUUGACUAUGCUUUCACAGCCAUCUUUACUGUUGAAAUCCUGUUAAAGAUGACAGCUUUUGGAGCGUUUCUUCAUAAAGGGUCCUUCUGCAGGAAUUAUUUUAAUUUGCUGGAUUUGCUGGUUGUGGGUGUUUCUCUGGUAUCAUUUGGUAUUCAAUCCAGUGCUAUCUCAGUUGUGAAGAUCCUCAGAGUCUUACGAGUCCUGAGGCCGCUAAGGGCAAUAAACAGAGCAAAAGGACUUAAACAUGUUGUUCAAUGUGUCUUUGUGGCUAUUAGAACUAUUGGUAAUAUCAUGAUUGUUACAACUCUGCUGCAGUUCAUGUUUGCUUGCAUUGGAGUGCAGCUCUUCAAGGGAAAAUUCUACAGAUGCACUGAUGAGGCAAAACAGAAUCCUGAGGAAUGCCGGGGGAUAUACAUUGUUUAUAAAGACGGAGAUGUUGAUAAUCCAAUGGUCAAAGAGAGGGUCUGGCAAAAUAGUGAUUUCAACUUUGACAAUGUUCUGUCUGCUAUGAUGGCCCUUUUUACAGUGUCCACUUUUGAAGGCUGGCCAGCGCUGCUGUACAAAGCUAUUGAUUCGAAUGGCGAGAAUGUAGGACCUGUAUACAACUAUAGAGUGGAGAUAUCCAUUUUUUUCAUCAUCUAUAUCAUCAUUAUUGCUUUCUUUAUGAUGAACAUAUUUGUUGGUUUUGUCAUUGUUACAUUCCAAGAACAAGGAGAACAAGAAUAUAAGAACUGUGAGCUGGACAAAAAUCAGCGUCAGUGUGUGGAAUAUGCCUUGAAAGCACGUCCUCUUCGUAGAUAUAUUCCAAAAAAUCCUUACCAGUACAAGUUCUGGUACGUGGUGAAUUCUACUGGAUUUGAAUACAUCAUGUUUGUCCUCAUCAUGCUGAACACACUUUGCCUGGCUAUGCAGCACUACGGACAGUCUAAGCUGUUUAAUGAUGCAAUGGACAUUAUGAAUAUGGUUUUCACAGGAGUGUUCACUGUUGAAAUGGUUUUGAAACUGAUUGCAUUCAAACCCAAGGGCUAUUUUAGUGAUGCCUGGAAUACGUUUGACUCCCUCAUCGUUAUUGGCAGCAUAGUAGACGUCGUUCUCAGUGAAGCUGAUCACUAUUUCACUGAUGCAUGGAACACUUUUGAUGCCUUAAUUGUUGUUGGUAGCGUCGUUGAUAUUGCUAUAACAGAAGUUAAUCCAAAGCCAACUGAAACAGUCACAACUGAUGAGUCUGGGAACUCCGAAGACAGCGCUAGAAUCUCCAUCACUUUUUUCCGUCUUUUCCGGGUGAUGAGGUUGGUGAAGCUGCUUAGCAGAGGAGAAGGGAUCAGAACUUUAUUGUGGACAUUUAUUAAGUCAUUUCAGGCUCUGCCUUAUGUUGCCCUUCUGAUAGCCAUGCUGUUCUUCAUCUAUGCUGUCAUUGGAAUGCAGGUAUUUGGAAAAGUGGCCAUGAGGGACAACAAUCAAAUAAACAGAAACAACAAUUUUCAGACAUUCCCCCAAGCCGUGCUGCUCCUCUUCAGGUGUGCAACUGGAGAAGCCUGGCAGGAAAUCAUGCUGGCAUGUUUGCCUGGAAAACGCUGUGAUCCAGAAUCCGAUUAUAAUCCAGGGGAAGAAUACACAUGUGGAAGCAAUUUUGCCAUCAUUUAUUUUAUCAGUUUUUACAUGCUUUGUGCGUUUUUGAUAAUAAACUUAUUUGUGGCUGUCAUUAUGGAUAACUUUGAUUAUUUGACACGUGACUGGUCCAUCCUGGGUCCACAUCAUUUGGAUGAGUUCAAAAGGAUAUGGUCAGAAUAUGACCCUGAGGCAAAGGGAAGAAUAAAGCAUCUUGAUGUGGUUACGUUACUGAGACGCAUUCAGCCACCACUUGGUUUUGGCAAAUUAUGCCCUCACCGAGUGGCCUGCAAGAGGUUAGUAGCCAUGAAUAUGCCACUGAACAGUGAUGGAACCGUCAUGUUCAAUGCUACUUUGUUUGCUUUGGUUAGGACUGCUCUAAAGAUAAAAACAGAAGGUAACCUAGAGCAAGCAAAUGAAGAACUUAGGGCAGUUAUAAAGAAAAUAUGGAAGAAAACAAGCAUGAAAUUACUUGACCAAGUUGUCCCUCCAGCUGGCGAUGAUGAGGUAACCGUGGGGAAGUUCUAUGCCACCUUCCUGAUACAGGACUACUUUAGGAAAUUCAAGAAACGCAAAGAACAAGGACUGGUGGGGAAAUAUCCUGCGAAGAAUACCACGAUUGCUCUGCAGGCAGGACUAAGGACACUUCAUGAUAUCGGUCCUGAAAUACGCCGAGCUAUAUCCUGUGACUUGCAAGAUGAUGAACCAGAGGAAAAUAAUCCAGAGGAGGAGGAGGAUGUUUAUAAAAGGAACGGUGCCCUCUUUGGCAACCACAUAAACCAUAUUAGCAGUGACAGACGCGAUUCAUUUCAACAGAUCAACACCACACACCGUCCUUUACAUGUUCAACGGCCUUCAAUUCCAUCUGCAAGUGAUACUGAGAAAAAUCCAUAUCCAGGAAAUUCUAUAUACCACAAUCAUCAUAACCACAACUCAGUAGGAAAGCAAGUUCCAAACUCAACAAAUGCCAAUCUCAAUAAUGCCAACGUGUCCAAAGUUGUCCAUGGAAAACACACAAAUUUUGGAAAUCAUGAGCAUAGAUCUGAAAAUGGUUACCAUUCAUACUCCAGAGCUGAUCAUGAGAAGCGUAGAAGGCCAAGCAGUAGAAGAACCCGCUACUACGAAACAUACAUUAGGUCUGACUCUGGUGAUGGACGUCGACCUACUAUUUGCCGUGAAGAACGUGAAGUUCGGGACUAUUGCAAUGAUGAUCGUUAUUUGGAAGAACAGGAAUAUUUUAGUGGAGAAGAAUAUUAUGAGGAAGACAGCAUGUUAUCAGGAAGCAGGCAUAUAUAUGAUUACCACUGUAGACAUCACUGCCAUGACUCAGAUUUUGAGAGACCAAAAGGUUACCAUCACCCACAUGGGUUUUUUGAGGAAGAUGAUUCACAGACCUGUUAUGAUACUAAAAGAUCUCCUAGGAGACGGCUGCUACCUCCAACACCGACACCAAAUAGACGAUCUUCCUUUAAUUUUGAAUGCCUCCGCCGACAAAGUAGUCAAGAUGACAUACCACUCUCUCCAAAUUUCCACCAUCGCACUGCUUUACCACUUCACUUAAUGCAGCAGCAGGUCAUGGCUGUUGCAGGUCUGGAUUCCAGUAAAGCUCAUAAACAUUCACCAAGUCGUUCAACACGUUCCUGGGCAACCCCUCCUGCAACCCCUCCCAACAGGGACUGCACUCCGUAUUACACACCUCUAAUCCAUGUUGACAAGGCAGAAUCUACAGAGCAUAUGAAUGGUAGCCUGCCUUCCUUGCACAGGAGCUCCUGGUAUACAGAUGACCCAGAUAUUUCCUACCGAACAUUUACACCAGCCAAUUUAACUGUACCUAAUGACUUUAGGCAUAAACAUAGUGACAAGCAGAGGAGUGCAGACAGUUUGGUAGAAGCGGUACUUAUAUCUGAAGGCUUAGGAAGGUAUGCAAAAGACCCUAAAUUUGUCUCAGCUACAAAACACGAGAUUGCUGAUGCGUGUGACAUGACUAUUGAUGAGAUGGAAAGUGCAGCAAGUAAUCUUCUCAAUGGAAAUAUUAGCAAUGGGACCAAUGGUGAUAUGUUUCCCAUUUUAAGCAGACAAGAUUAUGAACUUCAAGACUUUGGUCCUGGCUACAGUGAUGAAGAACCAGAACCAGGACGAUAUGAAGAAGACUUAGCUGAUGAAAUGAUAUGCAUUACAAGCUUAUAGUAUUUAGUAAGGAAAAUGAUUUUAAUAACAGAAAAAGUGCCUCAUAGUUUAAAGAUGCUAGGCACUAGUUGGAGUUAAUAACCUAUCAAGUUUUGUACAAGUGAUGUCACACCUCAAGGAAGCCAUAACUAAUAAAUAGAUUAUCUCCGGGUUGCUGAAUUGUGAUUGAAGUUGGGUACGUCAAGUUCCUCCCACAGAAUCGUCAGUUCCUCUGUAGGAAUAAGGUUAUUUUGAAACCAAGCAGGUUAUGACAGUCAAGUUUUUGAGGGCUAGAGUGGGAUUCUGAGGUGUAAUAUCUUGCCUGUCUUUCAACCUUGUGCUGCUGUCCUUCAUAGUAGAGCAGGAUUUUGUCAAUGAAAUGUCUGUGUAAUUCCAGCACAAAAUUGUGUGGGAAAUAACAAGAUGAGUGAUGACAACCAAUAAUGUCAUUCCUUCAUUCCUAAUCAAUAGCAUAUCAGCUAUUCAUUGCAUAUCCAUUCUAAAAUUAUUUUCAAACCUGCCUCCUGAUUUCUUUUCUUAAUGCUCUUCUAAAAUACAGUUUGUCAUGCUCUACCUGUUAGAAAUCAUUGGAAAAAGAAGUUAUAUAAAGAAUAUUCUGUCAUAUGUAACACCAGUUUACAUAGGAAAAUAUCAUUCAGAUAGUCUGUUUUAUGACUAUCACGUUAAGGGCAAAACAUACUGGAAUAACUGCAUUCUGACUAAUGCACUUGCAACCAGGUUAAAGUAGAAUUAGAUAAGAUAGUUUGCUAAAAAUUAUAUAGUAGAAAUUAUUGUAAAUGAAUUGUAAUAUAUACUGAUUUGUAUUUGUAAAGAGAUGUUCUAUAUUUUGUAAUUAUUGUACCGUAAUUGAACUGCAGCAAUAUUUAUGGACCCUAAUUAUUGUAACUCCCCACAGAAUUCUAGAUAUAAGUAUUUUUACUUGGGAUAUAUAGAUCUAUAGCAUAAAUAUUUAAAUAUAGCCACCUCUCAUUGUAAAUCUCUUUUAGGGAUAAACUGUCAAGUUUGAACUUGGCAACACACUUUUUUUUUUUUUUUUUAAUAAUUGAGUUAAAUGAGUCUCUCUGUGUAGGGGAUGCACAGUUGACUAUUUGCAGUCUUAUACUUGGAAAGGUAAAAGCUUUGAAAUUAUUUUAACUUUUUGGAUUGAAAAAUAAGCUGUAAUUUUAUUUUUGUAUUAAUCCCAUGUGACAAAAAUAUUAAAAUCAUUAAAAAUUUGACAAGUUCAUGCCAGGGUACUACUGCUCAUGGGACAGUUCAUUUUGGCAAAGUAUAUUACCUACAUAACCUACUUUGAUAGGAAUUGUGUAGGGCAGAAACUGUUUUACAGGUAAAUGAAAAUACUUUACUUCAGUAUUGCUUACUUAACUCAGCUCAGAAAAAAAAAAAAAAAGGAUAUGAGGAAAUGAUUCUUCACAGAACCAAAAAAAAACCUUGGUUAUAUAAAAAUAUACUUUAUUGCCUCUACCUUUUUGUUUUUUUUUUAUGUGUAAUGUUUCAAAAAUUUAUUUUUAUGCAAUCAUAAGAGGGCUCAGAUAUUGUUCACAAUGCAGUAAAACCCUGAAAUGACUUUGAGGCUAAUACAACCUUGGAGGAAAAUCAAAAAACACUGAAAGUUACUGUCUAUUUUGUUAGCACUGGAUAACAAUGACUUGUUCGAACAAGUUAUCUUGCCAGGUUUUACCUGUAGUUCAUAUGCUAGAUAGCAAUCCAGUUCACAUUUUUACAAAUGUGAUGUUUAAAUCAUGUCAAUAAAUAUUUUGUACAUAAUGACAAUUUCCUAUGAAUAGCUUACAGACUUCCUUUGGAAUCAUUCUUAUUUCAAAUGCCAGGAUAAGAACUUAAAAGUUUGUAAAUUAUUUCUUGACCUACAUCAUUUUGUAUUAAAACAAAUGCGAAAUGUUCAAAAUAAAA